GUGCUGGGGCAGCUCUCGCGCGAGCACAUGGAGAUGUUCCUGAGGAACCCGCGGUUCCUGGGCAUCCAGUACCCCGACGUCAGCCGGCCGGAGACGCUGGAGAAGCGGUACGUGCACAAGAUGAAGCACCCGCAGAUGCAGCUGCUCAAGGCCGUGCUGCAGAUGGAGCCGCGGAAGCGUUUGCCGGCCCGGGAUGCGCUCCGUGCCCCGUGGUUCGAGGGCAUCAAGCUGCCCCGUUCCCUGCGGCCGCCGUCGCAGUCCCAGUCGCAGGGGACGAGGACGAGGCCCGAGUCCAGCAGCUCGGUGGCGGCCGAGCGGAGCCUCGGUGCGAAGGAGGCGCCGACGCCGCAGGCGCCCCCCGGCGGCCGCCACAGCAGCGCCGGCGGCGGACACCAGUUCUCCGUGCAGCAGGAGGCCGCCCACGCCGCCGCUGGCGACCCGCCGCCCUCGUCGCCGGGGCCGCCGUGGCAGCAGCACCAGCGGCAGCAGCAGCACGACCACCGCGCGGCGUACGGCGCCGGGCAGGAGGCCAGCCACCAGGACCACGCCGUGGAGCCGCCGAGGCAGGCACCGCGCGAGGACUCGCGCGGGCUGCACGAGGAACGGUCCAUGCGCGAGGAGCUCCUCCGGAGCCUGGACCCCCGGCGCCUCGACGAGCCGCGGCGCCGCAGCCCCCUCCGCGACGAGCCCCGGGCGGCGCCCGCGCGGGAGGAGCCGCCGAGGGCGCGAGGCGACGACCGCGGCCCCCCUGGCGGACGCCAGCAGGACCUGCUUCGCGAGAACCUCGCCGGCGGCCAGCCGUACGCGCGAGAGCCGGGCACGCCGCAGCAGCAGCCGCCGCAGCACCACGGCGGCGGCCGCUUCGCCGGCGGCGGCAACCCCUACGUGCUGCCCUGGGAGGACAGGGGCGGGCACAGCAGCGGGCUCGACGAGAGCAGCCUGCCCCCGGACUACUCGUCCGCGUCGCUGCAGGGCGGCGACGGGGACGACAAGGGCGCGCGCGCGCGCCCGCCUCCGCCCGGCGUGACCGGCGAGGCUCCCGGGCCCCCCGUGCUCGCCGACUGGGACGCCGGCGGGCGGCUCGCCGCAGACAGGGGCACGCCCGGCGCCGCCGACCGCGGCGGGGCCGCC